GUUCUGAGGGGGAGGUGGCGAGUCUCGCGGUGUUUGGCGCUGGCCCCGGUGCCCCCAGCGGCUCGUUCCCGUCUCCCUCUCUUCACGCAGAGCUAAUAUGGUCGCCGGCGAUGGACUCUGUCAGGCCAGAAUGCCCGUUCCAGUACUUAAUUGAAAGUUUAAAUGACAAUCCAGAAAAGAAAUUUUACAAUGUCCCUAAACUUGGAGGCACCAAGUAUGAUAAUCUGCCUUACACUGUACGGGUACUGUUGGAAGCUGCUAUCCGUAACUGUGAUGGCUUCUUUGUAAAAAAGGAAGAUGUGCUGAACAUUCUAGACUGGAAAACAAAACAGAACAAUGUUGAAGUGCCCUUCUGUCCUGCCAGAGUUCUCCUUCAAGAUUUUACUGGAAUUCCUGCAAUGGUGGAUUUUGCUGCCAUGAGGGAAGCAGUGAAAAUUCUUGGAGGAGAUCCUAUGAAAGUCUAUCCUGCAUGCCCAACUGAUUUUACUGUUGACCAUUCUUUGCAGAUUGACUUCAGUAAAUGUGCAAUACAGAAUGCUCCAAAUCCUGGAGGAGGUGACUUACAGAAACCAUUGGCAAAACUUUCGCCACUGAAAGUGCAGCCUCGGAAGCUAUCCUGUAGAGGCCAGACUGGCUGCAAAGGGCCGUGUAGUGCUGGAGAAUCGAGUCGUAACUCAGGACAAUUUUCUGCACAGAUUGAGAACACGCCCAUCCUCUGUCCUUUUCAUCUUCAACCAGUGCCUGAGCCUGAAACAGUGUUAAAAAACCAGGAGAUGGAAUUUGGUAGGAAUAGAGAGAGGCUUCAGUUUUUUAAGUGGAGUUCAAAGGUUUUUAGGAACGUUUCUGUAAUUCCACCUGGAACUGGAAUGGCACAUCAAGUGAACUUGGAAUAUUUGUCAAAAAUUGUUGUUCAGCAUAAAGACUUCCUAUAUCCAGACAGUGUAGUUGGCACAGAUUCUCACACAACUAUGGUAAAUGGCUUGGGGAUCUUGGGAUGGGGUGUUGGUGGUAUUGAAACAGAAGCAGUAAUGCUGGGAAUGCCAGUUACUCUCACUUUGCCUGAGGUGGUUGGGUGUGAGCUGACAGGCUCUGCCAGCCCACUUGCUACAUCCAUUGAUGUGGUCCUAAGCAUUACAAAGCAACUCAGGCAAGCAGGGAUAGCUGGAAAAUUUGUUGAGUUUUUUGGAACUGGAGUUUCCCAGCUGUCUAUAGCUGACCGAACUACAAUAGCAAAUAUGUGUCCUGAGUAUGGUGCUAUUCUGAGCUUUUUCCCUGUUGACAAUGUGACACUAAAGCACUUAAGGCAUACAGGUUUUGGUGACACUGGGCUUGAGUCCAUGGAAGCAUACCUUAAAGCUGUGAAGCUGUUCAGAAAUGAGCAGCUUUCAUCAGGAGAACCAGAGUAUUCCCAGACAAUUCAAGUAAAUCUAAGCUCUAUAGUUCCAUGUGUCAGUGGCCCAAAGAGGUCACAAGAUAGAGUGGCUGUUACAGAUAUGAAAAGUGAUUUCCAAGCCUGCUUAAAUGAAAAGUCUGGCCUCAAAGGGUUUCAGAUCCCAGCUGAGAAACAAAAUGAUGUCGUGCCGGUUCAGUAUGAAGGAAAUGAAUACAAAUUGUCUCAUGGGUGUAUUGUCAUUGCUGCAGUAAUCAGUUGUACAAAUAACUGCAAUCCAUCUGUCAUGCUUGCUGCAGGUCUGUUGGCCAAGAAAGCUGUUGAAGCCCGCCUCAUGGUUAAACCUUAUAUAAGAACAAGUUUAUCUCCAGGCAGUGGAAUGGUUACACAUUAUCUCAGUUCGAGUGGAGUAUUGCCAUAUCUUAGCAAACUUGGAUUUGAAGUUGUUGGGUAUGGAUGUUCAACAUGUGUUGGGAACAUGGCCCCUUUGCCAGAAGCUAUUCGAAAUGCGAUAAAGCAGGGUGACCUAAUUGCUUGUGGAGUUUUGUCUGGAUCCAAAAACUUUGAAGGCCGUCUCUGCGAUUGCGUCCGUGCCAACUACCUUGCAUCUCCACCAUUAGUAGUUGCUUAUGCAAUAGCUGGCACCGUUAAUAUUGAUUUCCAGACUGAGCCUUUAGGUGUUGACCCUAACGGCAAAAAUAUCUACCUGCGUGAUAUUUGGCCCACUCGAGAAGAACUAAAGCAUGUAGAAGAAGAGUAUGUGAUAUCAUCCAUGUUUAAAGAAUUAAAAGAAAAAAUCAAGAAAGGAGACAAGCGAUGGAACCUUCUGGAAGCACCAGAGUCAGUUUUGUUUCCAUGGGAUUUGAAGUCUACUUAUAUCAGAUGUCCUUCAUUUUUUGAUAAGUUUGCCAAAGAACCAGUUUCAAUACAACAGAUUGAAAAAGCCCAUGUCUUGCUAUAUUUGGGAGAUUCUGUAACUACAGAUCACAUAUCACCUGCGGGAAGCAUUGCAAGGAGUAGUGCUGCUGCUAAAUAUCUGACAAAUAAAGGCCUCACACCUCGUGAAUUCAAUUCUUAUGGAGCUCGAAGAGGUAACGAUGCUGUGAUGACCAGAGGUACCUUUGCAAAUAUCAAGCUUUUAAAUAAGUUCAUAGGAAAACCAGCCCCUAAAACAAUUCAUUUUCCAUCAGGACAAAAGCUAGAUGUGUUUGAAGCAGCAGAGUUGUACCAAAAGGAAGGCAUUCCUGUGAUUAUUUUGGCAGGGAAGAAGUAUGGUUUGGGUAGCUCAAGAGAUUGGGUUGCAAAAGGGCCUUUUUUACUGGGUGUUAAAGCUGUGAUAGCAGAAAGCUAUGAGAAGAUGCAUAAAGGUCACUUGAUUGGAAUUGGCAUAGCUCCGCUUCAGUUCCUUUCUGGGGAAAAUGCCAGUGUUUUGGGCCUGAGUGGCAAAGAACAGUUUUCUAUAUCAUUUCCUCAAGAGCUGUUUCCAGGAAUGACCUUGGAUGUUAAGACAAACACUGGAAAAGCAUUCAGCGUGAUUGCCUUGUUUGAGAAUGAUGUGGAAAUAACAUUAUACAAACAUGGUGGAAUUCUAAACUACGUGGCUCGAAGAUUCUUGUAGUAGCUACUGACUAUAUGGAUACCUUGCAUAACUGGUUAUUCUGAAAAUGCCUUGUGUGACCCCAGGAAUCCAUACCGUGGAACUGCAAACAGUCCUAGUGUGCUCAAAGUUACUUCGUCCAUGGAUGUUAAAAGAUUGUGAAUCAUUGUAACUGCAACCAGAUCCUUCCUGAUUUUAAAUAAUAUACGAAUGGUGCUAUUAAACAUUGCUAAAAUCGACAUACGUGUGUUGUGGCAGAGAGCUGUAAGUAUGGGGCGGGGGAAUGUUUUAUCAGACCAUUUUGUAAAUAAACUAUGUGAAAUCUGAAACUGAAUUGUGCUGAACAUUAUUAUGCAAGAAGACUCUUUCUGCAGGUGUUUUCCUUUUAGUUCUGCACCUGUAAAUCUGUAUACUGCUGUCUGUUGGUUUAAAAUGGUAAGGAAUGAUAGAGACAAAACUGGGUUUUUUGUAUUGUGGAAGCUAAGAAUCCAGCUCUGAAACAGAUUUUCAGGUUUGAAUAUUGUUAUUUAAAUUGUGGGUUGACUUAAAGGGUCUGUGCGAGUCCCACAGAGUCCUGUUGCCUACACCAUGACUUCCUUUGCCUUCAUUCUGGAGAUGGCAGGCACUAGCUAUGUGCAGAUAUAACAUUGCUUCGAGUAACAUGUAAUAUUGUACCCUGGAGAUGAGAAAUCUCCAGGGGCCACAUAUCUGUAUUGGAAAAUUGGAAUAGCUGCAAUAAAUUCUUUAAUGCAAACUAGAUGCAGCUCUCCAGCUUUUUUGGCAAGUUACUAUAUCACUCAGCUGGGCAAUCUGGCCACCUCUGAAGCAGUUUAGUGGUUCUCUUUCUAUGAUACUGGCUAUUAAUAUGUUUGUUGUUUGCAGUGUCAUUAACCAAAAUACUCCCCCACAAAAUUAACUGAAGAGCUGAGUUGUGAGAACCUCUUAAAAUUUACUGGCCUUCUAGGUUUUCUUCUUUUUCCUUAAAGUAUGGCCUACAAUUGCUAUAUGCUUUCAUCUUAAAUUACAUUGUAAAACAUUACCUGGCUGAAGGAGCCAUAUUGCCUUUUGAUGUGUCCUUAACAUUUUUUUUUUCUUCUAAACAAAUACCAGAACUGUACUUAAUGUUUCAGACUUGAACCAAAACCGGCUGUUACAACAUUGCCAUUUGAACUGCUAUAGUCUUGGUCAUAUCAGCACUUUCAUGAUAACCCUAUUUUCCAUUAUUUUACAAUUGGAGAUAUAUGGUCUCAACACAGGAACAUAUUCUGUAUUUACACUUAACGAAAAUAUAAAAAUACAGCUUUUUAAUUUACCCAAGUUAUUACAAAAUCCUUAGUAGUUUCAGAUAUCUUUGUCCUUGUAACUUAAAACUUCAAGUCUAAAAUUUGGUUUGUAACUACCUGGUUAUGAGUUUUCAUUCCAUUUGGGAGAGAAUUAAGGUGGCAAUUUAAAUAUUAGCUAGUCCACUCAUGUGCCCUGUAAAUUAUUUCUUUGUUUGUACUUCCCAGGAUUUCUAUUAUUUUAUUAACUGUGUCCUUGAUAUCAAACUCCUUAGGGGCGGGCAAUUAUUUUGGGCAGAGGGUCGCUUACUGAGUUUUGGCAAGCCAUUGAGGGCCACAUGACAGGCAGCUCAGAGCAGACUAACGUUAAUUUUCUAAAAUUUUUAGGGGCUCUGCGGGCCAGAUAGAAUGGCUGUCAGGCCGCAUCCAGCCCCCGGGCUGCAUUUUGCCCACCCGUGCUUUAUGAGAACUGCAGCUUCAUUGCACAGAUGAGAGGUUGCAUUUUUAAAACAAACUAUGAACUCAUACUCAGGCAAUAAACUCUUGCUAUUAUUUUGCAUAAAAAGGCAUAAAAUAACCUUCAGAGUUUUGAAAUGGAAAUUUUAAUGCAAAAAAUCUUUUAAAAUUGUAUACUUUUAACAGAGUCCUGAAAAAUGGCGCAAACGUUAUAGAAUUUUAGCGAUUAAUUUUCAUCACAUUGGGAGUUCAGAACAUAGCUUUCAAGUAGGAAUUUGAACGCCUUGAUUGCUUCAUUCUGUACCAGUGUUUUAUUGGCAUUUAAGUGCUUUUUUGCAUCAUCAUGCAUCGUAAAAAAGAAAAGCCUUUCUAUAAAACUCAACAUCGUGUGUAAUCUGUGCACUUCACCCACUGUGCUUGCUUUCUUUAUUAGCAGAGGUAAAAGCUAUUCAAGUGGUAGUCCAACAACUGCUUCUGGAUAGUGUUUGAAAAGCAUUGAUUUAACAUAAAAUCUCCUCAGUGGUACAGCUGCUGAGUUUAAAGUACUCAAAGAUGUUUUCUGUCCUGGCUGUCUUUUUGAGAAACAAAUCUUGUCUAUUGUAUAAAAACAGGCCUUUCUUAAUCUCACUCUUUCUAGCUAAGCAGCGUGUUCUCUAUUGGACAGAGAGAGAGAGAGAGAGAGUGUGUGUGUGUGUGUGUGUGUGGUUAUUGGGAAGCAAAUGGGAUUUCUUCAUGCUAAUCAGUCAUGCUGCCUCACGCAGACUUACCUGCGUAAAUGGAAAUCCUGAUACUUGGCACCAAAGAACUUAGUUUAACCAUCUCUCUAGUAUAACUGCCAUUGCUUGAGUGGAGCACAUGCUCCCACCCUCUCUUGCAAUAAAACACUUGUUGCUUCAGAAGUAAUCAGAGAAGUGGUCCAAGCCACAUCCAAAGUAAAUCAGUAUUGUGAGAUUGUGUACAACUUUAAGGGACAGCACUUACCAACCCACAGGUGUGUUUUAUUUCAAUAUUAAAACCGCUCAGCUCUGAUAUGGGGCAUGCUGAUUUCACUCUUGUAGUUAUUACUUUUAAUUCUGCUGUUCUUAUGCCUUAAAAUUAGUGAAAGAAAACUUGAACACAGCUUCAUUUCUUUGGAAUUUAGAAACCUGCCAUUGCUGUUAUCUUACGUCUGAUCCAAAGCCUACAGAAGUUGAUGGGGAUCUUUUCAUUGACCUUAGUUGGCUUUGAAUUUGGCUGUCCGUGUUCGUGACUCUGAAGCAUGGUGAUGCUGAGAGAAACAACACAAUGUACCCAAGUGUUUUGCUUUCGCAGGUUAGGAAUUUGCUACAAAAAGAACCAGUUUGACUAUUUCUGAGUGUUCCCCUCCACCCAAAUACAUAGGCAUCAUACAACCCCUCUCUCAGUAAGACGGCAACACAGGAGACGCAUUUAACUUUGAUCACACUACUGGGCUUUCACUAGUUUGAAAUGGAAAGGCCUAUGCAGUGACAUCCGUCUUGCAGAAAUGGCAAGAUACAGGCCAUUUGGAGGACUGGGGACUAAAUCUCUGAUGUAUUUUAAAGCAUUUUAAAGGAGGGCAAUUAAAGUGACUUGCUGUGGUAGGUGUAUUUAACUUGAAAUUCUCUUUGAUUUGAUUUGAUUUGGAAAAGAAUCUUAUUCAAAUUUUUCUAAAUGUUUUUGCCCAGAACUUUGGGAUAGUGUUGAUUGUUUAUACAUUUUACACAUAAGUAUAAGGACAUAUACAGCAACAUGUAUAUUAAUCCUAUUUAAGCAACUACAAAUCAGUGUCUGCUGUUUAAAGCCAACAAAACAGUAUGUUUUAAAUUCAGUAUGUUACGUAUUGUAUAGAGAUUAUAUAGAUAUUAAGAGGCAGUUCAGUUGUUGGCAAAUGAGCAUAAAAUGUUACUGAUGCUGUAAAUUAUUUUUAAUAAAGAAAACUGUAUCAUA